AUGGUAGCAAGAUCAGGUCUUGUUACAAAUAUGGGAGGUUUUUCCCCAACUUUAGCGCAUCUUAUAAGAAGAAUCUCAUCUCCCUUCUCUUCUUUUUGCACCGCUUCUACUGAUGAAGCAGUGGCGGAAUCCGUCGCAACCACUUCCGGUGAUGCUUCUUGUAACAAUGGAAUAAAUGUUAAGGACGCCGCCGGCUUGCUUGACACAAUGGUUGGGAGAACUCGGGGGUGGAAACACAAGGAGGCUGACUCUCUUUAUGUGGAAGAGGUGGAUAUUGGUGAGCCAGAGCCCAGAGUCAUUGGCAGUGGCCUUGUCAAAUACAUUCCUCUUGACCAUCUUGAGGGCAAAAAAGUAAUCGUGCUUUCCAAUUUGAAGCCAAGGAACAUGCGUGGUGUCAAGUCUUCCGGCAUGCUCAUGGCUGCUUCUGAUGCCAAGCAUGAGAAUGUUGAACUUCUUUUUCCUCCUGAGAAAGCAGCCCCUGGGGAAAGAAUAUGGUUUGGAUCAGAAGAUGAAAAGGAAAACCAACCUGCUCCUGCGACUCCUAAUCAGAUUCAAAAAAAGAAGACGUGGGAAUCCGUACAGCCUCAUCUUAAGACAGAUGCUUCUUGCAUAGCAAUGGUUGGGGAGCAUGUAAUGCGGACAUCUGCAGGUGCAGUGGCAUGCCAAUCAUUGCAGAAUGCAAACAUUUCCUGAUUCUGUUGGGAACAUCAUUUUUUAUUUGGUCAAGCAAUGCUUAUUGAUAUGCAUGUAUUUCUCACAUUGCAAUUUUGCUGGAUGUGUGAAAGUUCAAAUUGUA